GGCGUUUUGAUGAUCUUACGUGUCAUUUCCAGAGUGUCAGUGAUUCAGACCGGCUGUAGACUAUUAACGAAAAAACCCAGGGCAUCAGCAUCUGGUUAUUGAUGAACUUGGGUAACUGUUGGUAACGGCAGAAUCAUGAAGGCUUUGAUCCUAGUGGGGGGGUACGGGACCCGACUGCGACCGCUCACCCUGAGCGUCCCAAAACCCCUCGUGGAGUUCUGCAACAAACCCAUCCUGCUGCACCAGGUGGAGGCACUGGUGAAAGCUGGGGUGGACCAUGUGGUUCUGGCAGUGAGCUACAUGUCAGAGCUGCUGGAAAGAGAGAUGAGAGUGCAGGAGCAGAGACUCGGGAUUCGUAUCUCUCUGUCUCAUGAGAAGGAGCCUCUGGGAACAGCGGGUCCCCUGGCGUUGGCUCGAGACUUGCUGAAUGAUGACAGUGAGCCGUUCUUCGUUCUCAACUCAGACGUCAUCUGUGAUUUUCCGUUCAAAGAUCUGCUGCAGUUCCACCACAACCACGGCAAGGAGGGAACCAUUGUGGUAACACGGGUGGAAGAGCCCUCUAAGUACGGUGUGGUGGUGUAUGAGGCGGACAGCGGGAGGAUCCAUCGCUUUGUGGAGAAACCACAGGUCUUUGUCUCCAACAAAAUUAAUGCCGGCAUGUACAUCUUCAAUCCCAGCAUGCUCAGCAGGAUCCAGCUGAGACCAACAUCCAUUGAAAAAGAAAUAUUUCCUGUCAUGGCAGGGGAGGGACAGCUGUAUGCCAUGGAGCUGCAAGGUUUCUGGAUGGACAUCGGCCAGCCUAAAGACUUCCUGACAGGGAUGUGUAUGUACCUCCAGUCAGUACGACAACACGCACCUGAGAGGUUACGCACAGGCCCCGGUUUCCUCGGCAACGUCUUGGUGGAUCCCACAGCACAGAUCGGGGAGAACUGCACCAUCGGCCCGAAUGUUACCAUCGGCGCCGGCGUUGUCGUGGAGGACGGCGUGAGGAUAAAGAGGUGCACGGUGCUGAAAGGGUCGAGGGUUCGAUCGCACUCGUGGCUGGAGAGCUGCAUCGUGGGGUGGAGCUCGUCAGUCGGCCAGUGGGUGCGUAUGGAGAAUGUGACGGUGCUGGGGGAGGACGUGAUCGUCAAUGAUGAGCUUUACCUGAACGGUGCCAACGUCCUGCCUCACAAAUCCAUCAACGAGUCAGUCCCGGAGCCGCGAAUCAUCAUGUAGCGUCAGGUGGAGGAAAAAUCCCAGCGCCUUUUAUAUGAAGACUAUGAGGAAGACCCAAACUGUGCCAGAGAAGAGGGAGGGACAUUCAGGCAGUUGAAUGGAAGCAGGAGGAGGAAGAACAAAAGGCUUCUUUGUCUUUCUUUUUAUAAAUUAAUUUGGACUUGUUUUAGCCCUGCUUGGCUGCAUUUGUCAGAAAAGGUGACGUGUGUCAAGGAAGGUUUCUUAAAGUACUGACAGGUCAAACUCUCAUGUUGGCAAAUAUGAGAAAAGUCGAGAGAGGGGGCUUCUUGGUGGAGUAAAGAUCAGUAUACUGAGAGGGAAGGGGGAAGUGGGUGUGUGAAUAUAUGAACACUGCUGGUUAGAUUUACUAUGCAUUUACACUUCCUGAAAAGAACAAUCAAACCACAGCUACAGGUUGAUGUCAUGACUGAUGCUCAGAUUCUGAUCUGACUUAUUGUGAAACAUAAUGCAGUAUUGGUCACAGUUAAAGGUCCAGUGUGUAGGAUUUCUGAUGCUCCAUUAACAUAAAUGUAAUCCAGGAUUUAUAACUAGUGUUUCUACUGAAGACCAAAAAGGACAAACAGCACUGGCUAUAAGUAAAUGGAACUGAAGGUGCUCCUACAUUGUUGUAAACAAUAGACUGUAUAUCAAAGAUGGACAAUACCACCACUGUUUGCUUGUGGAGGCUGCCACGUUUUUGUUUUUGUUUUGUUUAUUUGGAAGUAGAAUAUUUACUUACAAAAGUGUGAAGUUGUGAGCUGGGUCCAGCAGAGGUGAAGACUAGGAAAGAUGAGACCACUGUCAGCACACUGUUUAAUCCACGCCACACCCCAAUUUUAAGCCUUGGCAAAAUCUUAAUGGUUGAAUUAUAUUUAAAUAUAUAAAAAUCACUGUCCGUACAGUUGUUACCAACCUGCAAAUGUGUUUAUUUCUGCUGCUUGUUGGAAACAAAGGGCGAUUCAGUAUCUUGCAAUCUACAACUUCACCACUAGAUGUCGCUAAUUCCUACACAUUGGUCCUUUAAAGCCAUAGCAGUUUAUUAUUGAGGGCAGCAGAGCAAGCUGUAAGCAACUUCAUGGAAAUGUGAAUGUUUUGAGUUGGAAGUCAUGUUUGCAUCUACCUGAAUGUAAUUGACAUCAAAUAACACUCAAUAAUUUGAUUUGUUUUUAUACGGAAAUACCAAUGACUGCAGCUUUAAUCAUGGGAAAUGUUGGUUAAGUCUUGUGUUCUUGAUGAGCUUUCCAGGUUUCUCUGUUCUUUGAAAUGGCUUGUUUCAAUGUCAGACGAGUUAAUGAUCAUCAAUAUGUGCUCCAAUACUGUAGUGGGUGAGCUGACAACUUUAUAAUGUGGACAACUUUAGUCUUUAAGAUUAAUUUUACAUUAUAAAUAAAUAUACAGCGCUGUCUAAAAGUUCCUACUCCACAUGAAGUAAGCAGAAACGUGUUUUGGUUUUGUCACAAAUUAGGCAAUGGCCAUCAGAUGCAAUAAUCCUCUUAAAGGUGAGAAAAGCAGAUAAGGAAAGGUUUUCAGUAUACUAAAAACUUCAAAGGAACAGGAGUAUAAGUCAUUGCUUCCUGUCAGGGUUUUCAGAGUAAAAAUACUUAGAUUGUAAAUUAGCUUUCAGCCUCGAGGAGAAGACGCAGCCUAAUUUAGGACCAGUUUCUUGCAUUGUCACCAAAAAUAAUAGUACUGAGGCCAAAAAGAUGGAAAGCGCAUGGCACCAUGAAAUUACUGGACCUUAAGUUGGAACCACUGACAUCACUGAAGUCCACCAAUGACUGACGGAUUUCUUUCCAACUAAAAGUAGGGGCGUGACUCCAAAAGAUCAUCAUAUAAUCUCAUGACCAGACUGCCCAAAACUAAAAAUGUAUCCGACCAUCAGUAAACUUUAUAAACUUCAUGAAUUUGACAUUGCAUCAGUAAAUCAUAACAUUUUCAGUAUCACUAAUGUUGACACUCAUUCUGUGUUCAGUAUUUAAUUUGUACAAUAAUCUGUGUAUAUAAUUAAAGAGACAACUUUCAAACAAAUCUAACGCUAACAUUUUAGCCAUGUGUCAUUUACUGCUACUAGCAUAAAAAUCAGAUGAUUUUGAGCUUUUACAAACAAAUGUAAAGUAAAAGUAAACCGAGCCCAGUGUAAAUCCCCUCUGUCAUUAGAACUACUGAAACUUUUCUUUGACUUAUUUCAGGGUCAUAAUUAAACACUCGCAUUCAAAUUUCUGAGCCAGAAAGAAUCCUUGGAAAUGAGAAACCUUCAGUAAAGAACUGUUAAUCAGCCCUGUGCUAAGACUGGAAAAGUUGUUGGUGUUUUCACAUAGCAGUUUCUCCUUAACUGCUGAUAAGACAGACAUCUCUCCCCUGAGACAGUUUGUAAAAACAAAGUGUUUUAACUUGAAAUAAUUACACGCCUGAAAAUCUUUUAAGGGUAUCUGUUCUGCUUUUCUGGGUUUUUUUUUUUUUUUUAAUGUUACUGGGUCAGAUUUUCAUAUUAUAUGUGAACAAAAUAGACGUUGAAGGUCCAGGGUGUUUUUGUAUUUCUUUACAUACUAAAUGGGGACAGUUCACAAGCACUGGGUAAACCCCUCUGUAGGCUUCCAAGUGCCAGCCAGUCAGCAGAUGAGGGGUUUAAAGUUUGAACUGAGGGGCUGCACAAGGGACUGGAAUAAGAAAAAUAAGGAUUGUUUUUAAACUUUGAAUCAUUCUGUGAUACUGGAGUGGAGUCAAAAAGCAUAGAGCAGCAAAUUAACAAUAUAAAUGCAACAGGUCGCCUUUAAAUAAAUGCUCUCCUGUGGGAGGUUACUGAAACUGGUCAACAGGUUAGUCCUGUGUUAGUCCACACUCAGCGCUGGUGUAUCGAUGUAAAGCAGUGAUUCUGCUGUUUGUGGUGAGCACUAUUAAGAGCUUAAUGUGCAAAAGAGUUUGAGUGAAGGAAGUUGGUCUUUGUAAAAAAAUGUUUUUAAUUUCUGAAAGGAAAAAUAUAAUCUACUGACCACUG